AUGAUUGGCCGACGCACACUUGCGCGUCUCUUCCAAGGGCAUCAUGGCCCUUCCAAAAUACAGGUGCGACAUUUGAACCUUUUGGAGUAUCAGUCGCACAAAUUGCUUCGAGAUUUCAAUAUACCUGUGCCCGACGGACGAGUGGUCACCAGCGCCGAGGAGGCUCGUGAUGUGGUGUCAGAUAUCAGUGCACCAUCGGUCCUCAAGGCCCAAGUACUUGCUGGAGGGAGAGGCAAAGGAAAGUACGAUAGCGACGGGAAAGGAGGGGUUCGAAUCGUUACUUGGCCCAGCGAAGCAUAUGACAAUGCCUCUCAGAUGCUCGGCUAUUAUCUCACGACCAAGCAAACACCACCCGGGGGCCUACUUGUGAAGAAACUAUACAUAUACAAAGCCGUCGACGUUGCCGAUGAAUUCUAUCUUGCGCUGACUUUUGAUCGCGAUCGAGGCAUGCCAGUCCUUCUGAUUUCAGAUGUCGGAGGCACAAACAUCGAGUCCAACAUUGACAAAUUGCAAAAGUUCUGGUUUCAUCUGCCGACUGGCCUCACCACAGAAAUAAUAUCGUAUAUUCAAGCACAACUCGGCUUCUCUGACAAGGAGAUGAUCGUGGUCAACAAAAUUCUCCAUCAGAUGAUCAAACUUUUCCGAGAAAAAGACGCAACGCUCCUGGAACUCAAUCCCCUGGUUCGCACUUAUGAUGGGAAAUUUAUUUGCCUCGACGCUAAAUUCAGCUUUGACAACGCUGCGAGAUUCCGACAACAAGAACUCUUUAGUCUGGAAGAAAGGUCCCCGGAGGAAGAAGUCGAGUACCAAGCGUCGAAACUAGGGUUGUCUUAUGUUCGACUGGACGGCGAUAUCGGCAACAUCGUCAAUGGAGCUGGUCUUGCCAUGGCAACCAAUGAUCUGAUCAGUCUAUAUGGUGGGAACAAGGCGUUUGAAAUACUGAACAACGACUCGCGGAUCAAGGGGAUUCUCGUGAAUAUCUAUGGCGGUAUUGUGCGCUGCGAUAUGAUCGCCGAGUCGAUCGUCGCGGCCGCCGAGGCUACCGGUGGCUUCAAAGUCCCCGUUGUAGUCCGUCUACAGGGAACCAAUUGCCAACAGGCGCUUCAGCUAAUCGAACACUCGGGCUUGGAUAACGUGAUUGUCGAUGCUGAUUUUGAAGCAGCAGCUCAGAUGAUAGUGGAGCAAGUGGGCCGCAUGAAAUGA